UAACUAAUGUUACGUCUUUUAAUUAAAAUUUGAAGACGCGGAAUGGGAUAUUAUGGGUUGAACCAAGAAAAAGCGGAAGACGUACCCGUGAAUAGAGAGGUUUUCAGAAGAGAUAUAAGUAGCCUCUCUACAUCACCAAAUCAGUUGCCUAGCAGAUUGAGAAAGAGAAUCGAGUGCUCUUUGAGUCAGUUUGACUAGAAAAUGAGGCUACUUCUCGUCUCCUGGUGUCUCACUUUGCUGCUCUGCAGUCUAUCCUCAGCAACAGUAGUUAGAAAGUAUUCUGGAGCAUCAACCACAGUCCAAAGUAUGGUCGAGAAAGGACUUAGUGACUACUUAUUCCCUGUUUUCAAAAGUUCUACUGCAGCUCUCAAGUCGUUCAACGAAACAGAGAUUGCUAAAGUUGUAGCAAAGGAGGCUGAAUUUUUGAUUGCAAUGAAACGGACACAAGCUGCAAAGCAAACACUCCAAGAUGUUGCUGUCCGACUCAAUGAAAGUUUAAAAAUUUGUAAGAGCACGAUUAACCAAAGGUGCCCCAACUGUUUGGCAAAGGUGUGUAAAGACAAGGCAGAGUCUUGUGCUGCAAAGCCAGACGUACUCGAAGUAAUAGCACUCUUUGCCAAAGAGCACGUUGAACAAGCUGUGGACUUUGUAAAGUCAAAAAUAUUCGACCCAGCGGAAGAUUUCUUCGGUGACGCCAAAGACAUUUUACAUGACUUUUUAGAUGAUGCAAAAGACUUGGUUGAAGACAUUGACAUCGAUGGUGCAAUCAGUGACACUUUGGGAAAGAUAGGUGACUUCCUGGGCAGCUUUGAUGACGUCUUCAGCGACACGUUGGGAAAGAUUGGAGACAUCGUUGAUGACUUAGACAUUGAUGGUGUAAUAAGCGAUGCACUUGGAAGCAUUGGUGACUUUGUGGGCAGCUUUGACGAUGUCUUCAAGGACAUAAUUCCAAAAAUCAAACUUCCAAAACUCGACCUUCCAAAGAUUAAACUUCCAAAAAUCAGCCUUCCAAAGAUCAGUCUCCCAAAGAUCAGUCUCCCAAAGAUCAGUCUCCCAAAGAUCAGUCUCCCAAAGAUAAGUCUUCCAAAGAUCAGUCUCCCAAAGAUCAGCAUUCCAAAAAUCAGUUUUGGUGGUGGCUGGGGAAAACGAAAAAGGAGGAGUAUUGAGUACACAACAUCAGUAGAUCGACCGGCUCUAGCACAUCACGCUAUCUACCGUCGCAGCAAUACAAAUUCUCAAAAAGAACCGACUUGUGAUGAAUUCAAAAACAAGAAUACGGCGCAGCAAGCUUGUGUGAGGUACAGUCGUCGUCCUGAAUGCCGAUCAUCAUGUACUCCAACUUACGCUUGUCCCAAAUUCCAAACUGCUAAGAAUCAGUACCAAGUUGCUGUGUCUUCCGUCAACACUGAACAACUACAACUCAACGAAACCAUUGAAAUUUAUCGACAAGCAUUCGUCUUGUAUCGUCAGCGACUGACUGAAAGAGUUCAAGAUUUUUGUUGGGGACUCGAUCUUAGCCGUCACUAUCAGGGAGGAGCCCCAUCCAGACCAUGGUACAACAUUGAACAGGUUACUUACUCACUUCUGUCUUGACCUUUUACCUACUAGACAAUUUUAACGUGUUGGUGUUCUACAGAUUUCGGUUACUUACAACACAGAAACUCGCCAGUUUGCGCAAGUAACAGCGACCGUCGACAUCGGCUCAGAUCAAAACCGUUACCAAGGUGACAUAACAUUGACAGGUGGAUUUGGAAACAAUGCAGCACAAAAGUUAGCUGAGAAGGUUCUCGAAUGGUACAAACAGAAACUAAUUGACAGCAAAGCAUGCCAGUAAAACCUAACUUGUGUGGUGUAAACUCAUUGUAAAGUAGCUAGUUAGCACGUUUGCAGUUAGCACUGUUUCGUCUUGAAAUUGGAUCUACGUAGUUGAUAAUAGUGUAAAUCACUAGUCUAUUGGCAACAAAAGGUUUGAUGCCUCAGAUUUCUCAUCUUCCAAUACAUCAAUGUCUUUACAAAAUGCUUCAGUAAACUUUGAGAGAGAUCGGCAAAGAUAUUCACAAGUUCUGCCAUGUUUCCAGUUCU